AUGCUGAAGAAGCUGCUGCUGUUUGGUUUCGCGGGUCUGGGUGUCUUCACCAUAGGGAUCUUGAUCGGGCAUUUCGGAAUAGACAAGGGCAGCUCGAAUCCGCUACCCGGCUGGGUACAGGAGGUGAACAAAGAUGUGGACGAGAGCUUCAUCCAGAAGUUCAUUGCUGAGGUGGACAACAUUAAUAUUCAGGAGAACCUCAGGGUGCUGACCCGUGUGCCCCACAUGGCCACCUCUGCUGGAGAUGAAGCUACAGUAGAAUACAUGCUGAAGAGAUGGCACGAUAAGGACAGCGGACUAGAUGCUGCAUGGAGGGAGGAUUACCGCGUCUAUCUGUCCUUUCCUGACAAAGAUCAGCCUAAUAAAGUCAGCGUGGUGAAUUCUUCAGAUGCUGUGCUGUACACCGCACGGGAAAAAGAGAAACCUUACUUCCCAGAGCAGGAGAAUCCAGACGUAGUUCAGCCGUUUGCUGCUUUUGGACCUGCUGGACAUGCCAAGGGUAAACUUGUGUACGCCAACCAGGGUAAAGUAAGUGACUACGAGCUCUUAUUCAAGACUUUGGGCGACCUCAACGAUACAAUCGCCAUCGUCAGAUACGGAGGAGCCGGACGAGUGGAUAAAGGGAUCAACGCCGCCCCUUUCGGCGUGAUCGGGGUGCUCGUCUAUACAGAACCCUACGACAUCAAUGACGGGCUGAUGUCAGAUAAGAACGAGACGUAUCCUCACUCCUGGUACCUGCCCCCCUCCGGAGUGGAAAGAGGAAGCUACAAAGUUAACUUUGGAGACCAGCUCACACCGUACCUGGCUGCCAAAAAUGGAACCUACAGGAUUGAGGACAAGGACAUCUCCGGCUUGUCGCCCAUUCCUAUUCAACCAAUAGGGUUUGAGGAUGCCCAGGCUUUAAUUUGUAACCUCGGUGGAUCUGCGGCGCCUGCGGACUGGCAGGGCUCGUUUCCCUGCACCUACAACUUCGGAGGACCAGGAUUCAGCAACACGUCUGACUUUAAGGACAGUGACGUGAAGCUGGACGUUUACAACAAACGAAGACUAGAGGACUCGGCAAACGUGAUGGGUGUGAUCUGGGGCAGCGUGGAGCCUGACAGGUACGUGAUCUACGGGAACCACAGAGACAGCUGGGUCCAUGGUGCAGUCGAUCCCAGCAGUGGGACGUCAGUCAUGUUGGAGAUCAGCAGAAUCCUGGGCCAAAGGGUUAAAUCAGGUAAAUGGAGGCCUCGGCGUACAAUCAUCUUCGGUAGCUGGGGGGCCGAGGAAUUCGGGCUGAUCGGAUCUGUUGAAUAUGCAGAGGAGUACAUAACCAAACUGAGCCAGAGAACGGUGGCCUACAUCAACGUGGACAUCUCCGUCUUCGCGAACGCCACGCUGCAAGCAUCCGCCACCCCGAUAGCGCAGAAUGUUAUCUUCACAGCCUCCAAAGAGGUGAAGAUACCAGGUUCAGACUCCGUCUCCGUCUACAAGAACUGGAUGCAAUAUUCCAACAGAACGAGCCCGACGUACGGAACCAUCCCAAAUAUGAGAUACCUGACAGGGGCAGGAAGUGAUUAUGCUGGUUUUAUCCAUUACCUGGGAAUAACAUCAAUGGACAUAUCAUACACCUAUGACAAGAGUAAAACCAGGGCUCGUAUUUACCCUGCUUACCACACUGCAUACGACACGUUCGACUACGUGGACAGAUUCAUCGACCCAGGUUUCACCAGUCACCAGACGGUAGCGAGGACGGCAGGAAACAUCCUGAUACGACUAGCCGAUAGCAUGUUGCUGCCGUUUAACUGCAGCGACUACGCCGAGACCCUGGAGCAGUACCUGGCAGCAGCUGAGCAGAACUUUGAAGAGCAGCUGAAGAACAACGGCAUCCCGAUGGAACCCUUAAAGGAGGCGGUGAGGUCGUUCCGAACUGCAGCCUCGAGCCUGGACAAGAUCAUCCACGCUUCAGACUUUGUGAACAACUCGCCACUUAACGCUCGUACGAUCAACGACCAGCUGAUGCUGUUGGAUCGAGCCUUCCUGAACCCACUGGCGUUCCCCAACAAAUACGGAUUCAGGCACGUGAUCUGGGCGUCCAGGUCGUCCUCCGUGGCUACGUUUCCAGGUCUGGCGGACGCUGUGGAGAAAGCUAACAAGAGUGGAUUGAAGGAGGACUGGGCUCAGGCCCACAGGCACCUGUCCAUCGUCACGCAGGCCGUCUCCGGGGCGGCACACACCCUUGCCGAGGCUCACUCCCAACUGUAA